AUGGUUGAGGGGGAAAGGAGUAAAGAACCAAUGCAAAAUGAGGCAUCUGAUUGUCUUUCAUUCAGCUGGAUAGAGGAUGAGGAUGAUAAUGUGGGUGAAAAAGAAGAAGGAGUUGUGGGUAGUCAUGAGGGACAUACUACUCAAAACAUCGCUAAUGAUGAGGAAAAGAGUGAGAAUGAGGGAGAUUCUGGUGAGGAUCAAGAAAAGGCAAGUGAGAGUGAAGGAGAGGAUGAAAAAAGUGAGGAAGAGAAUGAGAAUACGAGUGAGGAAUCUGAAGGAUCUAUGACUAUUGGGAACACUGUCAUAGUCCCUUCAGAAGAAGCAAGGGGAGAGAAAAGGACUGAAGAAACUGGACCCAUGUUAACUCCUUUCACUAGAGAUGAGGAGGAGUCUAGAGGUGCCAAGAAGCCAAGGAAGCAAGUUUCAGUUGUGGAACCUGUGGUUGAGAUGGAUGGAAAAAAUGAAUCUGAGUCUGCUUUGCCAUAA